UUUUGCAGGCUGAAUAUCAAGAAAAAAAUCUAGAAGAAAGAAAGAGGUUAAGAAUGGUUUUCACUGGAGUCAUCCUUUCUGCUCUGGUUAUGCUUCUGCUUUCUGACAGUGCUCAGUGCAGAAGAGUCGACUGCAAGUCUGACUGUUGCUCAUUUGUGGAGGGCUUUCCUGUGAGACUGAAAGAGCUCCGUUCUGCAUACAGAGAAAUACAGAGGUUUUAUGAGUCCAAUGAUGACUUGGAACCAUUACUGAACGAAAACGUGCAACAGAACAUUAAUAGUCCUUAUGGAUGUCACGUAAUGAACGAGAUCCUGCGCUUCUACUUGGACACCAUUCUGCCAACGGCUGUCCGGAAGGACCACUUGCACUCCAAAACACCAAUCGACUCCAUAGGAAAUAUAUUUCAGGAUCUCAAACGGGAUAUACUCAAAUGUAGGAAUUACUUUUCUUGCCAGAAUCCUUUUGAGUUCGCCAGCAUAAAGCACUCAUAUGAAAAGAUGAAGGAAAAUGGCGUUUCUAAAGCCAUGGGAGAGCUUGAUAUGCUCUUUAAGUACAUCGAGCAGUAUUUGGCAUCAAAGAGAGUCAAGCACUAAUAGGAUGUCACUGUGGAUUAGAUGGCGGCCAUGACUUGAGACAAGUCUAAAUAAUCUGAAAAGGAACAAUGGACCGAUCAAGCACAUACUGUAGGAUAUGGCUCAAAUGGACUUUAACUUAUCGCCUGCACAUCACCAUUCCAUCACACUACUUUAUGAUGCACUGGAAUGCCUCCCCCUUCACCUUCAGUUUCUGGAUGUCACAAUGGCAAAGUUUUAGGUUGAACUAAAACCAUAAGAUAUUGUUUAAGUCACAUUGACUUAAAUGAGGGUUAUUUUAAAAAUUAGUUGCAUUUUGCCAACUCGCUGAAAUAACUUGAAACUAUUGUGUAAAUACUGCUAUUUAUGUCUUGUGGACUUUAUUUAUUUUGGUUACUUCAUGUAUUUGACUGUAUUGUUCAUUUAUUUCCGAUGCUUGUAUUUAAUUUGUUAUAGAAAUGUGUCAUCAAUAAAUUAUUGCAACUCAAUAAUGCAACAGACA